AUGGUCUGCGACGACACAAACUGCUCCACCGGCAACUGCUGCGGCAAUCGCCUGCUUCAGCACUACCAGCUCGACUUAGUCUCAACGCGAGUCGGUCUUGGUGUCGUGUGCGGCUCGGCAAUCGCUAAAGACGCAUUCAUCGUGGAGUAUGUCGGCGAGGUGUUGCUCGGUCCUGCGGCUCUGACGCGCUCCAAUAGGCGCUUUCAGGUUGAAAUGAAGGCGAAGGCGAGCUGGAACGGACCUACAGCUGUGUACAUCGAUGCUGCAGAGUGCGGUAAUGAGAGCCGCUUCAUCAACCACUCCUGCCGCCCCAACUGCGAGCUGUCUGAGCUUGAGUGGACCAACACUUCCCGUUUGGCCAUCUUUGCUAAGACUGACAUCCCUCCGUUACGUGAACUUACGUUUAGGUACAGUGAGGGCAACCAAUCGCAGUUUAUGUGCCAGUGUCAGAUCUGCAGCGCGAUCCGAGAGUAG